GAGGCGAGAAGAGAGCAUGCGAGGAAUCAAGAACAUUCUCCCUUAAACUCACGGUUGUCAGGGGGGUCCUCAAGGCUGGUUGUUGCCGUCUUGCUCAGCAACCGCACCCGAUUUGAGCUCGAGACAGGAGUGUGCUGAAGCAACCGCAAUUGCGAGAGCAUCCUUGAGAAGCCACUGAAUCACAACAAUAAUUUCGGACUGAGGAAAAUACGACCGUCAAACAUCGUCGCCUCAUCGCCCGGCUGAUAUAGCCUACUGACCUAAAGAAAAAGCGUAGGGACAAUAUCAUUAAUGGAAAUAAAUUAGAAGCCUGCGAGUUUAAUUUGUUGUUAUUUUAAUUUUGGGGGGGACAACAGCCUUUUGAACCCCAAAAUGGCUGAGAUAACCAAUUUAAGACCAACAUAUGACGUGUCCCCGGUGCUGGCGGGCUUCCUGGGCGCCGGGGUCCUGGUGGUCUCAGUCACGGUGGCCGUCUUCCUCUGGACCUGCUGCCAGCGUCGCUACCGUCAGAUGACGGGCAGCUACAAGCUCCAAUCAGGACCCUGCGACCAGGCCGUGGAUCCGCCCUACAAGUUCAUCCACAUGCUCAAGGGAAUCAGCAUCUACCCGGAGACACUUAGUAACAAGAAGAUAGUCCGUGUGGGUCGACGCCCGGGCUCCUCGCGAAAUGGCAGCGGAUCUGGCGUCGAGUGGGGUCGUAAUGGUGAGCGAGGAAGAGGGGGAGGAGGAAGGGUGAUGCUAGUGGACGUCGACCCAGAAACGGGCCUGCUCAACAGCUCCACCAACCUGCAGAUGAGCCACCUACUUCCCCCUGCUGGACAGCCUAGGUUAGAGAAGGCGCUGCCCAUCCGCUCCGACUACUGCUGCCUGGAGAGCAGCUCCAGGGUUAACAGCAGCAGCAGUAGCUGUGACGCCAGCAAGACAGCCUCGCCCUUUACCCCGUGUCAGGGGGAGGGCAACACCAUGCCGCCCGCUGCCCUAGGUACCCUCAGCCUGGUCGUGGACUACAACUUCCCCAAGAAGGCUCUGGUGGUGACCAUUGUUGGCGCCCAUGGUCUGCCCGCCGUGGACGAGCAGGCAGGUAGCUCGGACCCCUACGUGAAGAUGACCAUACUGCCAGAAAAGAAGCACCGGGUCAAGACCCGCGUUCUGAGGAAGACCCUGGAGCCAGUAUUUGACGAGACGUUUACGUUCUACGGCGUGGCCUACAGCGCACUGCCUGACCUCACGCUGCACUUCCUGGUGCUUAGCUUUGACCGCUUUGCCCGUGAUGAUGUCAUCGGGGAGGCGGCGGUACCCCUGGCAGGGGUGGACCCCAGCACCGGACGAGUCCACAUCACCCAACAGAUCAGCAAGAGACACAUCCAGUGUGUGAGCCGUGGGGAGCUACUGGUGUCUCUGUCCUACCAGCCUGUCACUCACAGGCUCAAUGUGGUGGUGCUGAAGGCCAAGCACCUGCCCAAGAUGGACAUCACUGGCCUAUCAGGCAACCCCUAUGUGAAGGUGAACGUGUUCUACGGCUGCAAGCGCAUUGCCAAGAAGAAGACGCACGUGAAGAAGUGCACCCUCAACCCCGUUUUCAACGAGUCAUUCAUCUACGAUGUACCCGCCGAGCUGCUGGCCGACAUCUCCGUGGAGUUCCUGGUGGUCGACUUCGACCGUACCACCAAGAAUGAAGUGGUGGGCCGCCUGGUGCUAGGCGGCCAGAGCCUCAUGCACACUGGGGUCACCCACUGGAGAGAGGUCUGCGACAACCCCCGCCGGCAGAUUGCCAAGUGGCACAACCUGGGCGAGUAUUAGGACGGCUCAGAAAAAUACCUGAUGUUCAAAAAUCGUGCAAUUUCUCGGAGUGGAUAUUCUGUCGAAAAACCACCACCCCCACUACUAUUUCAAACCUAUUAUCUUAGAAAAUGAAAGAAUGAAAUAAAACCCUUCCUGCCUGAAGUAAAGACACCCAACUAGACCACCGGAACCCCACCCAGCAUGGACAUGUAUGGUUGGACCAGUCACUUCUAUGAAAAAUUCCUGCAACCAUUGAGACAACCACGGGGGCUGAGAGAAAUCUGACCAGACUUUCAGGAAUCACUGACCACAAAAGACUUGAUUGAAGAUUUCAAAACCAAAAUCUGAAUUUUGUAUAUAUAUAUUAUAUAUACGUAUAUAUAUUUGCAUAUAUACGUAUAUACAUUUGUGUAUAUAUAUAUAUAUACACACACACAUAUACAU